CCCCAACCUGUCCUAAGACGCGUGCUCAUUCCCUCGGUAAUCGGACAAGAUAUAGCGACGAUGGCAUUUCCUCCCGCCUCUGCUGGGCCCAAUGCAGUUAGAGCUUACAUCUCUGACAUUCUCGUCUCUAAGCAUGAUGCAACAGUAGACUUUGCCAAAGAAGUAGCUAGUCGCUGGCAGUUAGGUCGACCAAACGACCUGCGUCAUGCCUCUGCCUGGACAUUCGAACACGUUUUCGGAAAAGAUAUCGGGCGUUUUCUAUACCGAACGGUUCAAGAGGAUAUCAGGGAACAAUGGUAUAGCUCUACCGCUGGGGUGUUGAAUUCCUGGCUGUUAGUUUUCUCCAUAGUGUCCUCUGCGUUCUUUCUCGUUCGGGCAACACGAGUAAAUUCAUCUUCUACGAGUGCUGCCUCGUUGCGCUACGCCGGCUCAGCCUUUGGGCCGCCGAUGGUCUUCUGUGGAAUUCAGGACCAGUACAGUCCGUGGCAAUUUCCUCGACUUUUCCUUGGUGGCAUUGUAACCUUCUUGACUGUUCUCGCGUUUCUGGUGGCUUCCACAGACCAGCGUGUGGAGAAGCAGAAAACAGAGACAGAAGACAGAAAGAAGGACGAAACGAAACAGAGAGAGUAGUGCAGUUGUGGCGUGUGUAUCCAUCGAGACAUGAAAGAUCUCUGGGCUAACUUCCCGUGAAACAUUAUGCCCUGGAUCAUUAUGGAGGGUCGCCAAAGGAUAGGGUGAAUGAGUAAUGUGGAACUGGCCGAUAUGUACAUAACUGGCUUGUGAAGAAAGAAGAAGAAAUUCACCUCUGGUUAAUAUUAG